AUGGAACCAUCGAUCAUCAAAACCGAAACUACCGCGAUAGACUACGUACAUCCCCACGAAAGCUCCGGGAGAACUCAAAGAUCGCGCCAGAAACCUCCAACACUCCCAGACCCAAAGGUCGGGCAGCCCUCAGCUCCAAAACUCAGUGUUAUACCGUACCAACACAAUUUACCAAAAUCAACUCCGUAUCAUGGUCCAUCACUCGACCGCGCACCGGCGAUGACUGUAUCCAAUAUGCCGUACCACAUUCGCUAA